AAACCCUAAAUCACACACCUCACAACACACAAUCUUCGUUUACAUUCAUCAUCUUCAUCACUCAAAUGGCCCGUACCAAGCAAACCGCAAGGAAAUCCACCGGAGGAAAGGCUCCGCGAAAGCAGUUAGCCACCAAAGCUGCACGAAAGUCAGCUCCGGCAACUGGAGGAGUGAAGAAACCGCACAGAUUCAGGCCAGGAACGGUGGCGUUGAGGGAGAUCAGGAAGUACCAGAAGAGCACUGAGCUUUUGAUCCGGAAGCUUCCGUUUCAGAGGCUUGUGAGAGAAAUUGCUCAGGAUUUUAAGACUGAUUUGAGGUUUCAAAGCUCUGCUGUUGCUGCUCUUCAGGAAGCUUCUGAGGCUUAUCUUGUUGGACUGUUUGAGGAUACAAAUCUGUGUGCGAUUCAUGCAAAGAGAGUUACGAUUAUGCCAAAGGAUAUGCAGCUUGCUAGGAGGAUUCGUGGUGAGAGGGCUUAGGGUUAGGGUUAGUGUUUGAUUGUUAGUAUCUAGAUCUGGUUUACUUUGGUGUAUUGUUAAUGUCUCAUUAUCUUUAAUGAAAAUUUGAGUUUACAUUUGAUUGA